CCCGUACUUCGUCGACUCUCCCUCUCUCUGCCAGACUGGAGACUAGCGCACUCCCCAGACCCUCGUCCAGGGUGAUCCCUGACCUACGAACCACCUCCAGCACUCUGCUAAGGUCAUCAGGAUUCCUGUAUCAUCCCAGUCACGUGACUGUCACGUGAUCCUAGUUCGUACUGACCUGUGAAGGCGGAUGGGGGCAAGGAGUGUGGCUAGGUGUCUGGGAAGCAGGGUCUCUCCUCUGGCAACCUGCUCCUCUACGCGACCCAGUCUCUCCCCCACCUCCUCCACUGUCCAGUCCUCAGGUCUGCACAUUACAUCACCAUUACGUCAUCAUCCAUUGCACGAACUCUGAACUGAAACCUACUUCUUCCCUUUCCCUUCGUUCGGAGGUUCUGACCACUGCUGGCAGGUCUGAGAGAUGGGAGAAGGUAGUUUACUGAGCGAUUCAGUAUUCCCCGCAAUCGCAGUGCAGGCAGCAUCCUCGCCACGUCAAAAAAUCCUCGUACUUUUACUGAACCGACCCACCCACGUGGGUGAAGCCACGCCCGCCCAUAGAGGAAGAUGGAGACGAGUGGUAGCGGACUGUGGAGUUCUUUCCACAGUUCGCUGGCCCAGGCGGUGCGAGGCCCAGGAACACCGCACAGACAGCAGAUGACGGGUCAGGACACGUCAGACGAGCUGACUAGUGGCCGAGCAGUGGACCUGGCCGGCCAGUUUACCGAGCUGGACUUGCUCAUCGAAUACAAACUGCUGUGUCUGAACUGUCCUUCAGGAGUGUACGUUCUACCAUCUUCCAAAUCUCUCUAUGAGUGGCAUGGAGUUCUGUUCAUUCACUCUGGGCCAUUCAGAGAAGGCAUCUUCAAGUUCACUCUCUACAUUCCUGACAGGUUUGUUUCACUAUUGAUAGUCAUCGGUGAAGUGUUACUGUGGGGGGGCAGGUUCCCGGACCAGAGACCCAUGGUGCGGUUCCAGUCCAAAGUUUACCAUCCGUAUAUCCAUACUGACAAUGGCACAGUGAACAUGUUGAGAGUCUUCCCAGGAUGGGACAGAACACAGCACCACAUCUGGAAUGUAGUGUGCAGUGUCAAAGACUGUUUCUACACACCAGAGACCUGGGAUGGCUGUGACUCUGCCUAUUUCUCCGCCCAGGCCCAAGCAUGCUCCCUUCUUUCCCUCCGACACCUCCACACCUCUGCCGAGGACUCAGACGAUGGUAACCUGAUCAGGUUCCCAGAGGUGGACGAACAAAGGUUCAAGUUGGCUCGUCAUCUGCUGAACCAAGGACAUUUCCCAACCCCUCCCCCUCCCUCCACCUCUGGAGUGCUGGACACCGUCAGACAGUUCUGGGACCAGCUAGUCUCCAGAUGACAGAGUCCAAUUUCCAUUCACCUAUUCUCAUAUUCAAUUUCUCAUCAGUGUAAUAGUCGUGCUAUUUCGGUAGAAUAAGUCUGUGCAAAAGUGUUUUGUUGCCUGGCAGAAUAUUGUUCAAUUUGUCAGGGUCUGUCAAAACUGAGGUUGGAACCUGUGAUCAAAUGUCAGAUCAUGUGAGAUCAUGUGACUGGUCACGUGACUUGCCAUACCUUCAAGUCGGGUAUUCUUGCUUCCUUUGAGCAGAUCUCCCUAGUGAGGAAGUCAGUCCCAGCCUGCAGGGAGACAAACACAUGGCUGCAAUCUGUUGAUGAACAAUAAUGCAAGGAGCUGACCUGGUGGUAGAUUCUUGUAUCAUUCAGCCUAACGAUGACUCCGUCGACUCUGAGAAAGAACCUCAUCAGUAUGUAGAAUCCACUUGCCAUGACUCUCUGCAGCAGGGAGACAGGGAGUGGGCGGGCUGGGCCUCAGCCUCAGGCAAGACUCACUAUCUUGACACUCAGUACAGCAGUUCCAUUGUCGGCGAGCUCGUCCUCGUAGAGAAUGACAUCAUCGUAGAAAUGUAUUCUCUCCUGUUGUUUCAGUUGGCUGUAGUCGAUCCCUUCACUUGUCUCUUCCACCUACCAGUCAACUCUUGAGUUAGAACAUUUUUAAAAUGGUGUGUAGAAAAGAGUUUCCUAAUCAGCACAAUUACAAACACUCAAAUGAAAGUUUGCAUAUAAACCCCAAGUACCGUACUCAGAAUGAAGACCAACUUUGAAGAAAAUUGAACUCUCAGACAUGUAUUGUAUCUGACCUGUAUGGAGGUGUGGGGCAGUGAGAGGAGAUUCCCACUGUAGUCAGUGGUGAACGUCCAGUCAAACGGCUUAACAACUCCCUUCAUGUUCGCCAGACUCUGCCCC